AUGUCAUUCAACCAGAGACGGCGCGUCUUAAAACCGCUCCUAUAUACUGCGGGAGCUGUUAUCGGCGGUGGUGGACUUCUUUAUAUCUCAUAUCGACCUCGCAACCUCCCGGGCUCCGACCCUGCCGCUGUCCCUCCUCCCACCACUCGCGGCGGAAAGCUUCAACCUCCUCAAUUCCCGCUAAUUAAGUCACGAGAUGAACAAAUCAAUGAUUUAAAGAGGCAUUCCGAUGCGACUCCGCCUAUAAAAGCUCCGCAGAGCUCUGCAGGUUUAGAAUCCCCAUCCACACCCCAGAGCUUCGUCGAGAGCUCUGGAAAAGCGAACGAAGAUGAUAAUAUAUACGAUAUCCUUGUGAUUGGUGGAGGUGCUACUGGGUCUGGGAUCGCUCUUGACGCUGCAACACGGGGUCUACGCGUUGCUAUGGUCGAACGUGAUGAUUUCAGUGCCGGUACGAGUAGUAAAAGUACGAAGCUGGUUCAUGGCGGUGUCCGCUACUUGGAAAAGGCCGUUUGGGAAAUGGAUUACAACCAAUAUUCUUUAGUAAAGGAGGCUUUGCGAGAAAGGAAAUACUUCCUUCAUACAGCCCCCCACUUGUCUAUGUGGCUCCCAAUUAUGGUCCCUGUCCAGAAGUGGUGGCAGGUGCCUUACUUUUGGGCUGGAACAAAGUGUUACGACUUUCUCGCUGGCUCGGAAGGUAUUGAGAGCUCAUACUUCUUACCCCGAAGUAAAGCUUUGGAUGCUUUCCCAAUGCUAAGGAAAGAUAACCUUUUUGGAGCCUUGGUUUAUUAUGAUGGAGCACAUAACGACUCUCGCAUGAACGUAUCAUUAGCAAUGACUGCUGCACUAUAUAACUGUACUGUUGUCAACCACAUGGAAGUAACAGGGCUAACGAAGGAUGCCAAUGGCAAACUUAACGGCGCCAAAGUCAAAGACUUGAUCGCAGAGCGAAAUGGAGAGAAAGAUGGCGAGUUCAACAUCCGAGCCAAAUGUAUUAUCAAUGCUACUGGGCCCUUCACCGAUUCCAUCAGGAAGCUUGACGAUCCGAGCAUUAAUGAGAUCGUGGCGCCAAGUUCUGGAGUACACAUCAUCCUUCCAGGAUAUUAUAGCCCGGCAAAGAUGGGACUUAUAGACCCUUCAACCUCCGACGGCCGCGUUAUUUUCUUUCUACCUUGGCAAGGAAAUACUAUUGCAGGUACUACUGAUAGUCCAACUGAAAUCACCAAGGACCCUAUACCUUCUGAAGAAGAUAUCAACUGGAUCCUCAGUGAAAUUCGAGGAUAUCUAGCACCUGAUAUCAACGUCCAGCGCGAUGACGUUUUAGCUGCCUGGUCCGGCAUUCGACCCCUCGUCCGCGACCCAAAAGCCAAAAACACGGAGUCACUUGUCCGCAACCAUUUAAUCUCAGUUUCGAACUCCGGCCUCCUAACGUGCGCUGGUGGUAAAUGGACUACCUACCGGCAAAUGGCUGAGGAGGCAGUUGAUGAAGCCAUUAAACAAUUCAACCUCCAGCCCGGAAAGGUCCUCUCAACCCCAAAUACUAGCGGCGUUCUUUCAUACAGUGACAACGCCGUACUCGAUGGGACCUGCCAAACUCACAAGGUUCGACUAAUGGGCGCCCACGGGUACUCAAAGACGCUCUUCAUCAACCUUAUCCAGCACUUUGGCCUAGCAACUGAUGUAGCAAAACACCUUACUCAAUCCUACGGCGACCGUGCAUGGGAGGUUGCCGCUCUAUCUACUCCCACAGAUGUCCGCUUCCCGUUGAGAGGUGUUCGUCUUUCUCCCCUUUACCCGUUUAUCGACGGAGAGGUCCGAUACGCUGUCCGCCGUGAAUACGCACAGACUGCUGUUGAUGUGCUCGCCCGAAGAACGAGACUGGCCUUCCUAAACGCCCAAGCCGCCCUCGAGACCCUGCCCACCGUCAUUGAUCUGAUGGCAGAAGAGCUUAAGUGGGAUGAAAGGAGGAAACAGACGGAAUGGGACGAUUCCGUGAAGUUUCUGAUGACCAUGGGUCUUGACAAAACGCGUCUCGGAAUCUCCAGAAAGGACGUAGAGAACGUCUUGUUUUUUGUCGUUUGUCCUUGGCCGUCCACCUGA